AUGGAUACUUUUGCCUUCCUUCUACAUUUUGCUACAAUUUUAGUCGUCUUUGACAGCCAAACAUCUGGUUACGAUAUUGAUUAUUCCUUAGAGUGUAAUCCAGGCUACAGGCUUGCUUCGUUUCGUCGAUCUCCAUCAAUCAACAAUGUCAUUGGUGCUUUGACUGUCGAAUGUGAACUAAUCGAACCGAGUCCUGAGCUAGUAACCUGCGAAAGACUACAGAGUGUCCCACAAUGCUCCGGUAUUACCGAAGGUUGCAGUGGCAACAGCUGGAUUGGCGGUUUUCACGCCUACGUUAUAGAGAAUACUACUGAAGCAAUUCUGUUAGAGCCCAUAUGCUGCUCUUCGACUAACGUCAAGAUAGAUGAAAUGUCAUGCAUCAGAGACCGAAUCAACAUCGCACUGUCAAAGUUCGAUCAUUCAAUAGCUCAAGACCUUGUUUAUCGAGGGAUUCAAUGCUGGCACCAGUACAAUGAAAAUAACGUACUCUUCGACCUCAUUUGGAAAGCAGAAAUUUGCUCAUUUCACUCGCAGUACGCGACCGCAAAACGACUAGGAUGUCGGGACUGCGACUGCAAGUGUGGUAUUCAUCAAUGCACAAAUUACCGUUACCCAGUGCGGAUUGUACACAAGCAUUACUCAAGUUCAAGUUGCGGAUGUACCUGUAACUGCGCAUUCAAGUGUUUUUGA